AUGAACACAACAGUGCUAACAUUCACAAUGACUGCAUUCGCUGCCAUGGAAAACUACAAACAUGGGCUGUUUGCUGUAUUCCUUCUGCUGUAUUGCAUUACUAUCAUUUUGAAUUCACUGCUCAUUACUGUCGUACACCAAAACAAAGAGUUGCAUCAACCUAUGAAUGUGUUCAUCUGCAUGUUAUCCAUCAAUGAAAUGUAUGGCAGCACUGCACUGCUUCCUGCAGUUAUGGCUGUGCUCAUAUCUGAGACUCAUGAGAUAUCUGUGAAGUGGUGUAAGGCUCAAAUCUAUUUCCUUCACACAUAUGCCAGUGCUGAGUUUUUUAUUUUAGCUGUUAUGGGAUACGACAGAUAUGCUGCCAUCUGCUACCCACUACGUUACCACAGCAUCAUGUCUAAUUCAAAGACAGGCAAGCUUGUUGCAUUAGCAGGUAUAUACCCACUCGUUGUGUUUGGAUGUUUUUACACACUAACCUUACAGCUGAGCUUCUGCGGGAAAGUCAUACCGAAAUUAUACUGUGUGAACAUGGAACUGGUCAAAAAUUCAUGUUCAAAUGCAUCGCACAUAAGUAUUGUGGGACUUGUGUUAAUUCUGUUUUUGGUUGUGCCUCAGUUAGCGAUGAUUGUUUUCUCUUAUGCACAGAUUUCAAGAGAGUGUAGGAAAUUAUCAAGAGCAUCCCAAAGCAACGCUCUGAAAACAUGUAUCCCACAUUUAUUAUCUUUGCUGAACUACACUAUCGGUUCCCUUUUUGAAAUUAUCCAAACUAGAUUUAAGAUGAGUCAUGUUUCUAUUGAGGCACGGAUCCUCCUGUCUUUAUACUUUGUUGUCAUUCCACCUAUUGUCAACCCAGUGAUGUAUGGACUCGGUACACAAAUAGUUAGGGUUCAUAUACUGAAACUGUUUGUUAAGUACAAGAUCCUGCCAACAAAUUUACUAAAAAUAAUGACUGCAGCUUAA